ACACUACACCCUUUAGAUUUUUUCCCCCCACUCUCUAAAGCAGCCUUUCACAUCUGUGUCUGACAGAAGCAUGAGGAGCUGAGAGAGGCAGACCUUCAUCAUCCUUCACAGAAUAAUGUUGCAUGGAUUAAAAGUUAAGAUCUGAUGUCUACUGAUGCUGUAUAUUUCCUACAAAAAUCUAAAAUGCGAAGGCUACCAAAAUGUGAAGGGAAAUAACUUUUCAGUGUUGGAAUAGCACCAGAAAACAGAUGGAAUUUACUGCACAGCAAAUACUUAAAUUAUUUUUUAGAUGGGUGCUGAAUACUUGAGUUGACUGGGGUCGGUGCAUUUGCCUUUUUUUAAUAUGUUUUUUGGUUGGGAGGGAAAGAUGCAAAGUUCACAGGUCCUUUCUGUUACCUGAGCAGGGCAGAAUUAACAAAAAUCCUGAAUGUAGAGGAACUCAGAUACUGAAGAUACCUGGAAAUAAACUGGAAACAACCAAUACCACAAGAGCAAAGCAGCAGUGAACAAGAAGACGCUGUGAAAAAGAAAUCACAAGACGAGAGUGCACAAUGCAUUUCAAAUAGAAAAAAGCUUCCUAUCUGCUGAGUGAGUCUCAGUAUAUUCUGACAGAGCACAGACAAAGCUUCAAUCAAGUAUCUCCUGGCUAUCUCCAAAAGGAUGCUUCUGAGUACAGAAAGCAGUAUGCAACAGUGCUAAGGUCCCGAUGACAACACACCAAGAACAAGAAUGGAAGUCAAUUUAUUCAGCAAUUCUACUGUUGUAAACAGUUCAUCCAUCAACCAUAAGCAGUUAGAAGGGCAUAGCCUCUGGGAAGUCAUUACUAUUGCCACUGUAACUGCCAUUGUAAGCUUAAUAACCAUAGUGGGAAAUAUUCUUGUAAUGAUAUCCUUUAAAGUCAACAGUCAGCUCAAAACUGUCAACAAUUAUUACUUGCUCAGCCUUGCCUGUGCAGAUCUCAUCAUUGGGAUAUUUUCUAUGAACCUUUAUACAUCCUAUAUACUCAUAGGCCACUGGACUCUUGGAAGCCUCGCCUGUGACCUAUGGCUGGCACUGGACUAUGUAGCUAGCAAUGCCUCAGUAAUGAACCUCCUAGUCAUCAGUUUUGACAGAUAUUUUUCCAUCACAAGGCCUUUAACUUACAGGGCCAAACGCACACCCAAAAGGGCUGGCAUCAUGAUUGGUAUGGCUUGGCUGAUUUCCUUCAUGUUAUGGGCACCUGUAAUUUUGUGCUGGCAGUAUUUUGUGGGUGAACGAACAGUACCACCUGAAGAGUGCCAGAUACAGUUUCUGUAUGAGCCCAUUAUUACCUUUGGGACUGCAAUUGCUGCUUUUUACAUUCCAGUGUCUGUGAUGACCAUUCUGUACUGCCGCAUUUACAAAGAGACCGAGAAACGCACCAAGGACCUCGCUGAACUGCAGGGCUCAGAGUCUGUGGCAGAGUAUGAGACAAUAAAGCCUCAGAAAACUCUCCUGAAGUCUUGCUUCAGUUGCAAGCAACAAAACUUAGUCAAAAGAGAGGGGUGUCAGGCUUCGUGGUCCUCAUCUAGCCGAAGUACGUCAGCUACGGCAAAGGCCUCCCAGGCAGCGAGUACUUGCAUGGACUGGGCCAAGGCUGACCAGUUAACCACCUGCAGCAGCUACGCCUCCUCCGAAGACGAGGAUAAACUUGCCACUGACCCAGUUUUCCAAGUAACUUACAAAAGUCCGUCUAAAAGUAAGGCAGAAGAGUAUAGUGAGACUACAGAUGUUGUUGUCAAAGACCAACCUGAAGAAAGUGAUUUUGAGAACCAGAAAUACUUUUUGUCGCCUACCAAAGAACACGUACAAAAAAGUAAAAAAUGUGUGGCCUAUAAAUUCCGUUUGGUGGUUAAGGCUGAUGGCACUCAGGAAGCCAACAAUGGUUGCCGAAAAGUAAAAAUAACUCCUUGUUCUGCUGCUCUGUCAAAGGACCCUUCCAUCAAAAGCAUGGAUCCAAAUAUAAAUAACCAAAUCACCAAAAGGAAACGCAUGGUUCUUAUAAAGGAGCGCAAAGCAGCACAGACUUUAAGUGCCAUUCUUUUGGCUUUUAUCAUCACUUGGACUCCCUAUAAUAUCAUGGUUUUGAUCUCCACAUUUUGCUCUGACUGCAUCCCCCUGACACUGUGGCACCUUGGAUAUUGGCUAUGCUAUGUGAACAGUACUGUUAACCCCAUGUGUUAUGCCCUCUGUAAUAAAACUUUCAGGAAGACUUUUAAGAUGCUGCUUUUCUGCCAGUGGAAAAAGAAAAAAGUGGAAGAGAAACUAUACUGGCAGGGCAAUACCAGACUGCCAUAGUUGUUCUGGUAUAAGAAAUAAAGAGAUAUAUAGAUAUUGAUGUAACCUAACAAAUUCUGUAUUUUCAAAGCUAUUGCUCUUGUGUCUAGUGGUUAAAAAAAUCUGCUGAAAAGUUAAAUUUUGCAUGAAAGUAGUAUGCUUGGGAUAAAAAUGUCAGUGGCUGCUAUGAGCAACACAGGUUGUUUUUGACUAUGCAGUAGAAUUGCAUUACAAUUAUUAUGUUUGGUGUCUUAUGUCCUUUCUUUCAGCCCGAGAAUAGGUGGAGUAAACUAUAUACUAGAAAUUAGACUGGGAUGAUCAUCCAGUCAUCAGUUUAGGUCAUUCAGUCUCUCUGUAGAACAGAACUGUUUCUUACUAUAGUUCUUUGCUAGUGUAUUGUUUAUUUAGUUUUCAGUGUUCCAAGCACUGCAGCCUGUGCUACCUCUGUUUUGAGGCUUUACCAUCAACUGUUGAGAUGAAACAAGGACUAUCUAAAGGGUAAAUGCUGUCAUCCCCAAUACUAAGUGGUUAGGGAGAUUCAUAAUACUCCAAGUGAACACACACAUUAUAGCAGGACAUAAUACUGAGAACAUUUCUACUUUAAGGGUGACUCUUGUGGAGACUUAAGAAGGGCUCAUAGUGGAAGAACUUAUAGUGGAAGAAAUAGAUAUUGUAUUUUGUACAUGAAGGAGCCAGUCCCAGUAUCAGCUCCAUCCUGCAAGUCACCAUCCUUUUCAAAAAUGGUGACACCUCUGAAAUUCUCCAGUUCCCAGUACCUCUGAAGGAAAUAACGAAAUUUUAUUCAACAGUGCCAAGGGUACAAAUCAGAACUGACUGUAUGGCAUAAUGGACACAGUCUGUCUACAACACAACGAAAAUCUUUUUUACAAUCUCCUUUGUUGCAGCACUACAGCUUGCUCCAAAAGUUUCCAUAACAUUUACCUAUAUAUAGUAAGAGAACUGGCAUCCUUUAAAAGCACUUUGAAUUCUUUGUCAUUAAGUAGCUUUACAAGUACUAGUCAACAUCAGGUGCUUGGAAAUAUGAGUUAUCUUCAGGCACUCUCUUUUGGUCCAGCAAAACCACAUGUGCUACAGAUGUUGCUGAAGUCAACACCCCUGGUGGCUGUGGCUGCUGGGACUGGCUUGUACUGGCCUAGUUACAAGCUAAGACUGACCAUUGGCUGAGAUUAGAGAGGGCUUUUGGUGCCGAACCUGAGCUGCCUGUGCCUUCCUGAUGUCUGUGUUAGACUGGCAGGAGCCCUGCAGCACUGACCGACUGAGUGGGUAAGCAAGGGGCUGCCUUCAGCAGAAGGCUUUUGGAAUGGAGCUGGUGACCUCCCUGUGGUGGGAACAAACAAGAAGCUUCAGAAAAGUCCUGAGAAAACAAAGUUAACAGCAGCAGGAGUCAUGAGGUGUGGAAGUACUAAAAAAAAAGUUUAUGAAGGAAUAAGAAAGAUAUGUACACAACGUUCAAAUUCAGUUCUAGCCUUUCUAUCAAAAUUCUGAGUGAGAUACUCUGGAAUAUUAGUUUGAGACAAUUUUCAAGUUAAAUCUACUGUACACUUUAGCAGGACAUUGCAGUGGUGACAUUAGCCAGUUGCACAUUUCAGGGAUUGUAUAAGUCAUCGUGAACGUACCAUUGCUCUCAGUGAAAUUGUUUGCAUAAUGUGUUAAGUUAUCAUACCAUCAGGAUGCUCUCCUACAGACAGAUAAAUCCUCCAUGUCAACAAUCAUAGUACAAGUGAUUAACAUUUUUUUAGCCCCAGUGUCCACAGGGGAAAAUUUUGUCAGUGAAAGAUUAGCAGUGUACUAAUGCAAAAAUAUGUUCUCUAAGGCCACGUGAUUGAUUUUGUAACACACCAUACUGGGCCUCUUAUAUUGUAUGUGCAUCAGCAUAUGGUUACUUAUGAAAGGAAAGCAGAGGUCUUUAUAAAAACUCUUUCAUCAGCUUUGUUCUGUCACUAUCCAGAGCUUUUCCUGUGUACAGUAACUAUGUACAAAUUAGUUGUUAGAGUGGGUUUAUUUUAUAUUACAUCAGACCAGUCAUUCAGUAAACUAUGUUUGAUUUUUAGCAAAUGAAUGUGUCUCUCUGGGGGCACAAGCUGCAGUUAAAGACAAAAUUUAUGAGGUAGUAACAGUUCAUGCUAGCUGCACUGUUAUUGCUGAAAUGAAGCAUUGGCUCUUACUGAAAUUAAAUGGACUAAUUUUUUUGGUUUUGAAGUUUGUUAAUCAAGAAUGUUCUGUAAAUGUUUAUGGACUCUCUGCUCAGUAAAUGUAUUAGAAUACCCAGUGAUGGAUGCAACAAUGUUGGUUCAAUGUAAUUGUGAAAUAUGUGCACAAAUUAUGCUGCUAACACCUAACCAUGUGAGAGAUUACAUGGCCACACAUGAGUACAUUGUAAAUAUCAACAAUUAUAUGAAGAGGUGUACGUUGCUUUAUUGUUAUGUAGGAUGCUUAUUCUUAAAAAAAAUCAAAACCUCAAAAGGACAAAUGUGGUCCUCAUCAGAGUAUCUGUUAGUACUUGGUUGUACUUUGUACCUCUUUAAAAAGUGUUGUGGGACUUCUGCAAUGUAGGACAAUCUUGUUAUCUUGUUAUCUGUCCUUUUAAUGACAUUUUUACUGAUCCUGUAAUUGAUUAUUGUCAUGGACUAAUGAAAUGCUUUUUGUAAAACUACAUUUUGGUUUCACAUGAUUUCAUAUACAUACAUCUAUGUAGAUAUGUACAUAUUGUCAAU